AAUUAGGGCUCCUAACUACCCUCAGAAUCCGACCAAACCAGUCCACCCACAAACCUGAAAUUGAACUCAAGAACAAGAAGAAGAAGAAGAGGAAGAAGACUCCAACAGUCCCACUUCUGGAAUUUUCGUUUUUCCCCUUUCCUUUUCUUUCUCUUUGAUAGAGAUGAAUGGAGAGGGACAAGGAAGCGAUGGAGUUAAAAUGGGGGAGGAGAAGGUGGUGCUCAUGUGGGGGUAUCUUCCUGGCGCGUUACCACAACGGGCACCGAUUUUAUCCCCAGCUGUAGUGCGGAUUCCGGCUAAUGUUGGUGGCUUGUGGAAGGAUGUUUGCGGUGGUGGUUGUGGAUUCGCUAUGGCAAUUUCUGAUUCAGGGAAGCUCAUUACAUGGGGCUCAACAGAUGAUUUAGGUCAAAGCUAUGUGACAUCAGGAAAACAUGGGGAGACUCCUGAACCCUUCCCUCUUCCAACAGAAGCUUCUAUAGUAAAAGCAGCAGCUGGCUGGGCCCAUUGUGUUGCAAUAACAGAUGGUGGUCAAGUGUACACUUGGGGAUGGAAAGAGUGUAUUCCCUCAGGGAAGGUAUUUGGAGAUCCUUCUGUUGGAGCAAGCUUAGAGAAGGAUGCAUUUGAAAGACAGGGUUCUUUUUCAACAGAGCAAGUGAGUCCUCGCUCUCAAGGCUCAAGACCAAGUGGUGGAACAUUACCCGGCAUUGAUAGUAAAGGAAGUGGGGAAGAAAGUACAAAAAGAAGGAGAAUAACAUCAGCCAAGCAAACAGCUGAAGGCUCAUCGUCUGGUGAAGAGACUCUUUCUGCAUUGCCAUGUCUAGUAACUCUUCCAGGGGUUAGAAUUGUGUCUGUAGCUGCAGGUGGACGACAUACUCUGGCAUUGUCAGAUAUUGGACAGGUGUGGGGUUGGGGUUAUGGAGGUGAAGGGCAACUUGGUCUUGGCUCGAGGAUACGUAUGGUGUCAUCUCCUCAUCCGGUGCCUUGCAUUGAGCACUCCUCUUUUGGGAAAGAUAGAUCUGCAGCACUUUCUCGAGGAAGCAUGAGUUCAGAGGGGCAGGGUCUUAGAAUUCCUGGAAGUUAUGUGAGGGGGAUUGCUUGCGGUGGGCGGCAUAGUGCUGUAAUCACAGAUGCUGGAGCACUUGUUACUUUUGGUUGGGGUCUCUAUGGACAGUGUGGACUGGGAACCACGGACGAUGAAUUAAGUCCGGCUUGUGUAUCUUCCUUAUUGGGCAUCAGGAUUGAGGGAGUGGCUGCUGGACUGUGGCAUACAGUUUGCAUAUCAGCUGAUGGAGAUGUUUAUGCAUUUGGUGGAAAUCAGUUUGGACAGUUGGGAACUGGUAGUGAUCAAGCUGAGACUCUCCCGAGGCUGCUAGAAGCUCCAAGCUUGGAAAACACACAUGCAAAAGUUAUCACAUGUGGAGCUCGUCACAGUGCUAUAAUCACAGAGGAUGGAAAAGUAUUCUGCUGGGGAUGGAACAAGUAUGGCCAGCUUGGCCUGGGUGAUGUGAUUGAUCGCAACAUUCCUUCUCAAGUUACCGUAGAAGGUUUCAGUCCUAAAAACAUUGCUUGCGGAUGGUGGCAUACACUGCUCCUGGCUGAGUCUUCCACUUGAGUGCCCGCCUUUUUACAGGCCUCUGGAACAGUUUUGUUAGGUUAGCAGUUUCUGGAUCAUUCUACGCAGUAUGUAAAUACAGUAGCAUCACUCCCACACAUAUUUGUAAUGCUCUCAUUCUUUCCAUGGUUGAGAGGGGAGGCUUCACCAUUAUUGGGGCCUACUGUUGCUUCCAUUAGGUCCUUUGUGUGUUAUUUUUCUUUUAUCAUUAUACAACCCAAAAUUACAAGAUGGAAUUAGCUGCUUUGAUAGAUUCUUCAUGUAUUGAUAUUCUCUCCCUGUCUUUCGAGUUUAUUGAAGUGUUAUUUCCUAUUUGAUACAUGAUCAUAGUGGUGUGACCCUGGAUGUCUUAACCGGUAAGAGGUUGAAGCAUGGAGGUCAGAAUUUCAUUUUAAAUCUUGAGGAGGAUGGUUUGGGAACACCUUUAUUAACUUACAUGUGGAACAAAGACAAAACGUCUUCUUUAAAGAAAAAUUACCAAGGAAG